AUGGGCAAAAAUAUGAAAUUUGGUGCCAGCUUUUACCUGCGGCAAGAAUGGCAAGAUAAACGUUUGCAAUAUAAUGAACUUAAUAGAAGUAUUUUGUUGAGCUAUAAAAGACUGAGAGAUAUUUGGGUUCCUGAUCUGUUUUUUCCAAAGUCUAAGGAAGAAGUUGGUUUUGAUAUUACUACGCCGAAUGUAUUACUACGCAUAUCCCCAGAUGGAACAGUGCUAUACACUCAAAGGGUGUUUGUGAAUUACAACUGUAUGAUGGAUCUGAGAAAAUUUCCUCACGACAGCCAAACAUGCCGAAUACAGAUGGAAAGUUACAGUUUCACAACGGACGACCUGACGUUUGCGUGGUCAUCAGCUCGCAAAGCUACCAAGCUUCUCCCCGACGCCAGCAUGCCCGACUUCAACGUCAUCAGCAUCAGUGCUCAUGACUGCACUGCAACAUACGCUACAGGGACAUUUCCCUGCCUGUAUGCCAAACUGGUGAUGAAGCGACAAGUGGGCUUCUACCUAACGCAGACGUACAUCCCCAGCAUUCUUAUCGUCAGUCUGUCUUGGAUAUCCUUCUGGAUCGACCAUCAAGCCAUCCCAGCCCGCAUUUCGGUCGGCUUGCUCACGGUUCUCACCAUAACGACGCAGAGUUCCGGGGCAAUGGCGCAGUUACCCAGAGUUCCCUACAUCAAAUCCAUCGACGUGUGGAUGUCGACAUGUCUGGUGUUCGUUUUCGCGGCCUAUAUGGAAUAUGCCUUUGUGACGGUGUUGUCGCGCCGUCACCGGAAAGCGUACAUACGACAACCUCGAACCACCACCAAUAACGACAAAACGUCAAUAGAAGAUAUCAGUAUUGUGGACACCAACGGCAAAUGCGACACUACCACUGGUGUAAGAAGACGUGCCUUUUUCAGAAAGAAUAAAUCAGACGAACAAACGAGUUCUGCCAGUUUGCCGCCAAGAGACAUCGGUGCCCAUAUCGAUAAAAUAUCCAGAUUCGCUUUUCCGAUCGCUUUUGUUCUUUUCAAUCUCUUUUACUGGAUAUUUUAUACGAUUAUUUUAUGAGGGAACUAACAGUUCUUUUCACCAGUGUAGACAAAACAGCUAUGUCUUGUCAUUGUGUUCGCCCUUCGCCGUGACCAUCCUUUGACAGAAACCUGAUGAAAACACUGUCAGUGUCACACUUCAUAACUGUUUCUCCUGUUAAUGAGUUGUUUUGCUGUAUUCAACUGUAGCUAGACAAUCAGUAACAAAUGUGCAGAGGCCUGAUUCACAAAGUUCUCUUAGGCUCUGCUAGACAACAAAGCAUCCUCUUUGUAAGUCGUUUAGCAUUGCACUGCGAGAUCGCAAAGUUGCGAGAGUUUAGUGAAUUAGGCUCCAGGUCAUUAAUGUUCUAUGCUAUUUCGUUAAUGCGUUAUUUUAUUUUAGCAACAUUGUCAAGAGAUAAAACUGUAUAGAACUUGAUAAGAGGUUCGUGGGGAGAAACUGAAGGGAAUGGAGGGCGUGAGAGGGUACGACCCGACAAGUAAAAUCUUUACACAUGUAUAUACUUGCUGUUGCUCUGCAACAGGUUUAUUCCAUUCCUUCGUAUCUUCUGGUUUCUCAUGAACAGAGAAGAUAAAUUAUUUACUGUGUAUAGAUUCUUUCAUAUCACCAAGGUGCUCUAGUGGUGUCGUUAAACAAAAUAACUUGUGUAUCAGUGUUUAUGUCAUCAUUCAUAAUAAUAUCUACAGCAACAGUGUCUAUGCUUAUAAAAUUUAAAGUCUGCACUCAAGACUUUAAUAAAGUAUCGCCUAAACAAAUAGUUAAAAUCUGGUGACUAUGUUAAAAUCUUGAGUCAGAACUUUAAUGUUUUACAAGCACAGGCCUUGGUUGGACUAUUGGCCUUGUGGUUUGCAGGUCAUUGUCGAAAGUAGGCCCCAAGCUAAUAAAACUUUGAUAAAGUAUCGCCUCAAAAAACACCAUAUAGUUAAAAUCUGGUGACGUUGUUAAAAUCUGAACUUCGAUGUUUUAUAAGCACAUGUCCUGGUUGGACUACUGGCCUUGUGAUCUGCAGGUCACCAUCUAAAUCAGGCCCCAAACUAAUAAAACUUUAAAGUCUGUACUCACGGCUUUUAUAAACAAACAGCGUGUAGUUAAAAUGUGGUGACGUUGUUAAAGUCUUGAGUCCGGACAUCAAUCUUUUCUAAAAACUGUCUCACGUCUACGUCUGUGUCAGUGCUUAUGUUAUCAUCGAAACUGUUCUACAGGUCCUCAUCUGUAGACAUCGUCCACAACCACAUUACGACCAGCAGAUACACAUCUGGAGUCUUCAUCCAUCCAUCCACCCAUCCAUCCAUCCAUACAUCCAUCCAUCCAUCCAUCCAUCCAUGCAUGCAUGCAUACAUACAUACAUACAUACAUACAUACAUACAUACAUACAUACAUAUAACAAUACAUACAUACGACACCAUGCUAUGCCAUGCCAUACCAUACACCUAAACCAGCCGGUUAACGUGCAUAUUGUUUUAUAUCUUUAUUCAUGUUCAGAUAUUCAGAUUAAAGUCAUUUGCCUCUUGGAUUAGAUUACAUAAUACACAAUUGUUGGUUUUUUCUAUCUGCAUCAUUAAUAUUCACAUAUAUAACCUGUUGAUAAUAACUAUUGUAAAUACUGAAUGAAAACUUCGAUAUGUUUGCUGUUUGCUGAAUUGUAAUAUAUACAUGUAUCGUUUUGUCUUGUAACUCCGUCACUACAUCCUUGUGCUUGGGACAGAUAAAUGGUUUUGUGAAUUAAAACCCCAAAAAAUCAUAUCCAAAUACUAGUAUGUCCCAGUUGAUUCUGAUUUAGUAAUAUAAAACUUUCGUCGUUAAAAUACCCAGUUAAGACUCAUAUAGACUGGAUGCGGUGCGUGCGUGCGGUCCAGAUUCAAAAACAAAUCGAAAUAUAUUUGUUUCAAUGACAGCGUCUAGAUUGGAUGUGUGAUAUGAAUGCGUCUGCAAAACAAAUGCGACCAUUCACAAGAAAAUAAUCGUACACGGUGUAUAUGCUCAAAACGCGCGCGCGUGUAUGUGUGUGUGUGUGUGUGUGUGUGUGUGUUUGGGUGUGUGUGUGGCUGUAUGUAGCUGUGUGUGUAUGUGUGUGUGAGAGAGAGAGAGAGAGAGAGAGAGAGAGAGAGAGAGAGAGAGAGAGAGAGAGAGAGAAUUCUAUAAAUGAUAAUCGGGCAGGUUUCGUUCCACUCAUCUGAUAGACCUUUCAGUUGUAAUUAUUUUAGAAAACGACAGCUUGGUUUUUAAAUUAGCGCUUCAAAGUUUGCAAGGCCAAAAGCCAUUAAACCUAUAAUAAUGGACAUAAUUUACUUUAAAUAUCGACGUUUUUCAGUUUUGUAUGUUUGAUUUUUUGAACUCUUUUAUUACAAGUCUCUCUCUGUGCGUAUGUGUGUUUGUGUGUGUGUGGCGUGUGUGUGUAUGUGGCGUAUGUGCGUGUGUGUGUGCGUGUGUGUGGCGCGUGUGUGUGUAUCUUGGCUGCAGUAAAAGUGGUCCAGAUAUCAAACCUCCAACCUAGAACUAAAACUGCAAGCCCAAAACAGUGCCCAGUAAAAAGGCGUCGUCAUAAAUUGCGAAAAUGCUUCAAUUUGUUACUCUUAAGCUGUUUUCACAUUUACGCUGGUUUAACUAUACCGGUUUAGCUAAAACAUUUUUGGUUGGGAAUGAUGAGCGUGUAAUAGGUAGAAGACCACAUUUAUUUGUGAAUCUUCAGCAGAGAGAUGUAUUCAUACCACCCCAUAGCAUCAUAAAUGCCCACCUAUGGUUUAAAAAUAAAGAAAGAUGCAGGUGUUUUUAGUCUCAAUGAAAUAACAAAAAGGGUCAUAAUUAUAAAGAGGACUUAUUUUAAAUAUUUUUUUUAAUGUUUAUGUUACUUUCAUCAUAAUGUGUCCAAACUGCAUGCUUUUGGGUGUGUUUUUUGGCAAUGUUCACAUCCAUAGAAACCACACCCAAGUGGGAGCUGGCGGAUAUCACACAUAUAUUUAUGGAAACUUUGCUCAUCAAACAUUACACAAACCCUCACUUGAGUAAAGAUAUACUAUUAAAUUUUUCACAAAAUCAGCUUGUUUGAAAAUUACCCAAAAUUAUCACGCCCCACUUUUGUCACAAGGAAAACCUGGUGUAUGAAUACCAAACCUCAUUACAGCUAAACCGUUUGCACUGCUGGUGACAAAACAAUUGUCCUUAAAAAUAACUCCUUGGUUAUUACUAAGCUUAAGAAUUUACUUCCUAUUCAAAAUAAUUAGCCUCCAAACAUGGAUCUGCGCAAAACCAACAAGCGAACUUUUUGCACACGGGUACACAAGGGAAUUAACAAAACAAUUGACUGCGAGUCUGUUAGGUCGUUGGUAACGCACUUACUGCUUAUUCUGACUGUGACGUAACUGUCACUUCUGCCUUAUAUUAUACUGGUUUAACCAAAACAAUUUGCGUUUACACUUACAUCUAAACUGUGUUAGUUAUACCAGUUUAAAAUAAAUCACACACAAGUGUUUUUAGCUAUACCGGUUUAGUGAAAAGAUCGCGUUCACACUUAUAUUUUAAACUGGUUUAGUUAUACCAGUCUAGUUAAAACAGUUUACUGUGUAAAUGUGAACGCAUCCUACUUAACUACCCUUUGAAACGUUUACGUAAAAAAAAACCCUCACUUUUCUUCCUGUGAUGUAACAGAUGGUCACCUUUAGACCAGGUGGUGCAAUUAUAGUAUUUUGUAAUAGUAUUAAUAGUUGCACAUUUAAAAAAUACUUGAUGUGUUAUCAAACACAUUACACAUUCAAUUUUGGAGAGGAAUGCAAGGGAAACUCUUUUAAUGUGUCCAUAUUAACAGGCAUAACCCCUGAAUCCGUCAGCGACUGUGUCCUUGAAUCCCUACUUACUGAAUGAAACUAUCAAUCAAUCAAUGAAUUAAUCAAUGAAAAAAUGGUUUAGUGGUUAAGCCAUCGUUCUUAAGGCUGGUAGGUAUAGGGUUAGCAUCCCAGUUUCGGCUCUCACCCAGAGCGAGUUUAACGACUCGGUAGGUAAGUGUAAGGCACUAACCCACUGUUAUGAACUGACAACCUGGAUAGCUGAAGAGUGUGCCCAGGACAGCGUGCUUGAACCGCAAUUGGAUAUAAGCACGAAUAUAACUGAAUAAAUAACAUGUUAAAACCGACUCGCACUAGAGCUCAAGUCGUUGAUCGUCACUUUUAACUCUUGUGGAAUCAUAUGUACAUAAAUUAUAUACACAUCUUGUCGACAGUUACAUCUAGUUUUAACGUCAUUGUCAUUUUGUAGUUUGCAAAUCACCCAAACAUUCCAAAGUAAAAUUGUAUACGAUUAUUUGUUGUGUAUAUGAUUGAUAUUAUUUCAAUGGACAUUAUUAACGCACAUUUUGCAAUAUUUUCUUCUUCUGUUUUUUCUUUUGGCCAUAUAAACACGAUAUAGUUUAUGUAUGUAGUAGAUAAUUUAUUUUAUAUUUGUACCACAAUCUCUUAUUGAUAUGUGUUACAUCCACCUAUUCUGAUUGCUAAUAAAAUUAUUACAACAUGUUUACAUAUAAUUGUGUUGUAUAUCAGUCGGAAACGUUUAGGAAAUAAAGA